AAAUUUGGUAUUACUGUUUUUUGGUGCUCCGACGCAAGCAAGCAAGCAAGCGCGUGCACACACGCAUGCAAACACACUCUUCAGCACCCGCUUCUGUCGCUGCGACCAUGAAUGACGAUUCCUAUGAAACGUAUGAGACUCUGUUCCUGUCGGUGGUCGGCUGGGGACCAGGGAUACAUGGGCUCUAGGACACAGCCCUUAACACUGCAAAACUCACAGGCCAUUGGGAAAGAAAGACUCAGAAAGCAGCUUCAUCCAGAAAAAUAUGGGCUCUGCCAGUCUAAGACCUCAAGUGAUGAUGAAACCUCGAGCAAGGACACCAUCUUCAAUCCUGAACCAGUCAUUGCCCACUGCUUCAAGCAGUUCAAGCAGAAGGCUUUCCACCAGCCUCAGAGCCGCCGGCGGAUCAUCACCUUGCCUCAAAACGAGGAUCCAAUACCCAUCAAUCUCAUGGCCCAAGCCCAGACUCCCCCACAGCCAAUAUCCAGCUUCAAAGUCCUGGGAGCCGGGGAUAUCCUGGGGCAGCCAGACGAUGCAAAGACCUGGCUCAGCCAGAGACUGAAGCUUCGGCAGAACCUGGAGUCAUUCGGCGACACCGAGAAGUGGCUGCAGAACAAGCCUUGCCUCACCCCUUCAGAGGCCAAGGUCUUAAACAUGAUCCAAAAGGAGCAUGAAGCCCAUUUGCUGGCCUGUCUGACUCCUACCAGAGCCACCAAGAAGAGCCCCCGGCCUUCCCGCCGAACUGUGCCCCAGCUCCGACUGCCCAAGCCUUCUGCCUUGACCACCUUGUACUCGUACCUGCGCAGCCGCAAGAUCAAGAUCCUGGAGAUAUUCGGCAAGGUGGACUGGGGUGAGAACCAGAGGAUCUCUAGGGAGGAGUUCAUGGCGGCUCUGAAGGCGGUUGGAGUCCCUCUGAAAAACCAGGAGAUGGAGGAUGUUGUAAUCUAUCUCAGCUCUCUGGGAAAAUGCAACAACAUUACCACGGAUAUCCUAGCGAACACCUACAAGCAGUGGUCUUUGGGUGAGCAGAGAAGCACCCUGUCGACUGCGAGGGAGUAUUAUAGAUCCACCAAGCACAGAGGUUCCCUCCAGAGUGCAUCCAAGAACCAGGUGGAUUUGGCCCCACAGCCUUGCAAGAUGGACCUGCUGACUGUGCCCCUAGUUGACACCCACAUGGAGGCACGGCCCAUGACUCUGGAGGAGAUGGAGGACGUUGGCAAGCGGUACCGCGAGAGGAAGCGGCAGCACAAGCUCAAGAUCCCCUCCAUCCAGUACCUGGAGCGGUGCCGCCUGGUGCGCAGUGGGAAUAAGCACUUUGAUGAGCACUGUCUCCCGUCCACCCUGCACGGGGAGAUGAGGGAGCUCGUCGACAUAUCCCGCAGGGACAACUUUCUGGUCUACCUGCAGUGCCACAAGCUCUGUGAGUACUACGGCCUCCCGCUGACGGAGGACAUCCUCAUGAAAGCCCUGCUGUACCCAGGAGACAAGAUCAUUUUCCAGAAGGACCAGGUGCGCCCGAUCCGGCAGCCGGGAGGCUACUACUCAGACUUGAAGAUCUUCACUCCAAAUCUGGCCCUGCUCAAGCUCCAGGGCUUCAGCGAGGCUCUAGCUAAGAAGGCUGACAAGAAAACACUGAAGAAAGUCAAAAAGAUACACUUUAAGGAGUUUGAGGAGUUCACCAGGAAGCUGCAAGUGAAGAGCCCCAGAGGUCGACAGCGAACUCACCCCAAUUUCUUCUGGCCGGGGCACCUCCUGGACAAGCUGCAGCUCUACCUGCCCACUGUGGCUAUGGACCGGAGCCUGGCACUCUUCAGUUGUGUCCAACCCCAGCCCCAUGCCUACUCAGCCACCUACCACCCUGACCACUGGUGGCCCAUUGGGAACAUGAACUACAUGACCUAUGGCUAUUACGAUGCCCCCAAAGUCUACUACAUCAACUAGAGUGACCAAGGUGUUGUGGGAUCCAGCCAUCCUGGGACUGUGACCAGUGUCUCUAGCAACCUGGGGCCAUAGUCACCGGGGAAGUGUCAAGAGCCAGAUAAAAGAAGUCAUUUCAGUGGAAUGGCCUGGAACCAGCUCUAGCUAGAGCAAAAGCAUCCAGUGUCUCAGAAGGCAGAUGUAACCCA